GGCGCGCACACACAGCACCCAUCUGUCCGCCUCCCAUUUAAGCCACGCAACUCCAGUCCUCCUACUAGCUCUCAUCCCUUGGAAUUCUUCUUCUCCUACCUCCAUCUGGCUGCUCCAUGAAAAACAAAACACUCACUCCAGCUAGCUAGCAGCUGCCUUCUUGUGUUCAUAAACCCUCACUCCUCCUCACCCAUCUCCCCCUCCGUCCUUCUGGUUGCAUUUCGACCAUCGGUCGAGAUGGAGAUGCAGGCGAAGGCGGCGAGGGGCGGGAAGAGGAGCAGGACGAGCGGCGGCACGACGGCGACGAGGGUAGUGCAGAGGAAGGAGGCAGAGAGGGAGAGGAGGCAGCACAUGAAGGCCCUCUGCGCCAAGCUUACCUCCCUCAUCCCAAAAGAACACUUCUCCAACCCUGAUACGAUGACCCAGCUAAGCAGCCUGGAUGAGGCUGCGUCAUACAUCAAGAAGCUCAAAGAGAGGGUGGACGAGCUGCAACAUAGGAGGAACUCUGCACAAGCAAUGGCUACCGCAAGAGGGGCUAGUGGUGCCUCAAUGCCCACCAUCACCCCUACCACGAGUGGUGGUGCAGGGUCACCAGAAGGAGAGAAACAUUGGGAGGCAUUGGCACCGGUGGUGGAGGUGCAACAACACGAUGAUACAAGCAUGGAUGUGGUGCUGGUAUGCAGCAAAGAGAGGCCGAUCAUGCUCCACCAGGUGAUCACCAUCCUCGAGGAAGAAGGCGCCGAGGUCGUCAAUGCCAAU